UCCACCUCCCCCGCCUCCCGCCCACUGCGACCCUCCGAUUGCUAUCCUCUGCCAGGCCCAUCCUCCUCCUCCUCCCUCUCCUCGCGUUUCCCCAUCAUCUCCGGCCUCUCGGUGGCCUCGCCCGAUGUCGCUCUCCUCGACUGGCAUACCGAUCGCUGCCUACCGGCGUGCGAUCUAUUCGGCCUUCACCCGGUCGCAUGGGCUCACCCUCAGCCAAGAGGCUUUCGACUAUCUCGUGUCAGUACUUCAAGCCAUCCCUGUGGAUCCCGCCCGGCCAGCGCGCGGGAAUAAGCUUCCCAUCGACCAGGAGACCGCUCUCCUGACACUGGCGCGGUCGUACACCAAACAUGCCUCCGAAUCUGGGUCGUCCCUCAUCUCGCGACCGGCCUUGGAGCUUGUUGUCCAGCAACUGACGAAGCUCGCUUCGGCGGCUGGUGAGGCUGCUAAGUCCACAAUGUCCUCCGCCGCAAUCCCCGCCGCCAGUGGCGCCGACCUGCAAACGAUCGCUGCUGAAACCCCGGCCGCCGUGGCGCCGACGACCCAGACCCCGACAAUCGAUGCCCCAACCUUCACCAUCCAAUUGGACACUGUGGCUCUCUUGCGCGUGCUAGGAGCCGAACAGCAGCCACGCCUGCUGCUGGACCGAGCACGCAAUGUGUGGAACGUUGCCCCUCGGGCGUCCCCCUUCUCCAAGCAUGCGGAUGGCCAUAAUGCUGCCAUUCUGGAGCGGUAUCAUCUGCUGCAUGCCCGCUGCGCACGGCAUGCGCUCUUCCGUCCGGAGCACCGCCAUGCCGGCGGCAUGGAGCUCGCCACGACUGACUCGCUGUCCGGGCGACCGGCUGAAGCUCCGCCAGUGUGCCUCUUUGGCUUGCUCAGUCGCGGCCCUGAUGGACGCCCGCGACUUGAGGACCCGUAUGGCUCAAUUCGCCUGGACCUCUCGAGUGCGGUGGCAAAUGUGGGCCUCUUCUCGGCUGGCACAUUUGCCCUGCUUGAGGGCCAGCUCGCGUCGGGUUCUGACAUGACCGAUGCCAUGAGCGAGGGUGCGACAUUCCGUGUGUCACACGUGGGCUUUCCCCCGUCGGAGUCCCGGGCAGCUACGCUCAGUCGCUCGCUUGGCUUUACCUCCAGCACUGGGAUGGAUCACCGGUCCGUCAGUGGGAUUGGAGAUGUCUCUGGUGAAACGCAAUGGGAAGAUGCCCACAUCGAACAGGCGGCGGCCGACCCACGUGCUGCCUGGGUAGUCUUGUCCGAUGUCAAACUCGACAGCCCGGUGGUUAUGCGCAUGUUGGAGCGCCUCUUCGGAUCGUAUCAGACAGCUGCCGAGGACUGGCUCUCGGCGCAUCCUGGUCAGAGCUUGGCCGGCCUGCUCCCGGAUGCCUUUCUGAUGUUUGGAGACUUUACCCAGCAUGGUGCCUCCUCGGAUCUGCACCACUGUCGGACCUUGUGGGCAGAGCUGGGAGCUCUAAUUGUUCGCUUUCCCUUGGUGGCCAACCGGUGUCGAUUCAUUUUUGUCCCCGGACCAAAUGACCAUCCGGCCAGUGGAUCCGGCGGCUUGACCGGGAUCCUACCGGCAGAGCCCAUCCCUCCGGAGUGGCUGGAGGGCACCCUCUUCCAAUGGUGUCAUCCUGUAGAUGCGGCCGCGAUCUCAGCGGCUGAUCGGCCCAAGAAUGCGAUCCGCUAUGCGCACUUCACGAGCAACCCCUGUCGUCUGCUUUUCGGGCCGAAGGAAUUUUGCUUCUUCCGGCACGACCUGCUCGGGCGGAUGCGCCGAUCCCUGGUUGUCCCGCCGAAUUUGGCCACCGUGUCGGACAUUCGCACUCAUCUUGCGCAUACGAUCAUCGAAAAUGCACAUCUGGCGCCCCAUCCAGCCCCUCCGGCGCUGUUGUGGGAGUACGACCAUGUUCUCCGGCUCUAUCCCCUGCCCGAUGCGGUGUUCCUGGCGGACCAACUCCCGACACACAUUGAUGAGAUCGUGCAUGAAGCCGAGUCGGCCGAGUUGAGCCGGCGGCGGAACGGUGCCGACGGCACGACGGCUGGCGGGCUGCGCAUGGAUGUUGAUGACGGGGCUGGCGGUGUGUUGGAUCCGGCGACGGCAGCAUCGUCCCAGGUGGCCGAUGCCGAGGCAACGGUCUCGCGCGUUGUUCAUGUGCCGCAAUUCUCCCUCAACGGGUCUUUCAUCAUCUUCUACCCAGGGACCGCGAAAACCGAGAUCUGCAAAAUCACCCUUUAGAGCACCCCUGUGCCUCCUCUCUCCGGGUUGCCCCCCCCC